CGUGAAUGCUGGGGCGGCGCUCUCCGGGCAACCGGCGGCUCAUCAGGACACGCUUCCGGGGGUAUGACAUGGAAAAAGAAAAAGGGGGAGGGGAUGGCAGGGAAAAAGAAAAAGGGGGAAGGGGAUGGCGCCAAGGAGGCCUUCGUUCCUGUCAAGGACGAGGACCAGCGCGAGGCUAUUAGCCGGUGCUGCAUAUUCAAGAACUUGACGAAGGGUCAGACGCUAGAGAGUUGCAAGGGCAACUUCAAGAUGACGUGCCGCUUCUGCGACAAACCACCUUUCCAGGGCAGUCAGGCGCGGGGUGCAGAGCACUUCACGAAGGGUAGGUGCCCCAAGGUGACACCAGAGGUCCUCGUUGACAUUUGGAAUACCACACAGUACCCUUUCGACCAGAGGCGAGAGAGACAGGUGCGGGAUUACAUGGAGUAUCGUGGCAUCCGGAAUAACAGAGAGGUGGGAGUUGGAGUGCCAGAGGAUGACGAGGUGCAGGAUGUUUUGGACACGGAGGGAGCGGACAGCGAGGGAGGACAGUGUGGCGGCGGGGACGAUGAGAUGGACACAGGGGCGGAGGGUGAGGGCGAGGGACAGACGGAGGACACCGGUGAGGACGAUGUUAAGGAGUUAGGAGCGUCCCUUCAGGGGGGAUCAUUGAAGGCACGACGCACUGCUCAUCAGACAAGGACUCGUGCGCCUAUGGAUGGCCGUGGGAAGAGGAGGGCGGACACCGCUCCUGCGGCACGAGUGCCGGACCCGAAACGUUUGAAGCAGGUCAGAAUGGAUGAGAUGUACGACCCGGAGUGGCAGACCACCUACGACCAUCUCUUCGUGCAGUGGUGGAAUAUUGGUGGUGUCCCAUUUGAGAGGGCGAGGAUGCCCGAGUAUAGGGCCCUCACGAGACACUUGCAGAACAUGCCCCGGGGCAUGAAGCCUACUUUGCCCCAGUUCAAGCGCAUAGCAGGCAGUGGCAUACAGGAGGAGCGUGCGUACAUAGCUGAUAAGCUACGUGACAUACGCGAGCAGAUGCAGCACACAGGGGCUACCAUCCUCAUGGAUGGGAGGAAGUCCCUGAACUCUGAGCCCAUCGUGAACUUCCUCGCAGCAGGACAGUCGGGCGCCUUCCUUUUCACGACGGUGUGCAGGGAAGGGGUUGACGCAGAAACGACAGACGUCGUCUUGCAGCGCUGGACGAAGGUGUUCGAGAAGUUCGGCGUGAAGAACAUCAAUGCCAUCUGCAUGGACUCUGCAUCAGUUUAUGUCGCCGCCAUUCGAGCGCUUUGCAACGAUCCCGAUCCAGAUAUCCGUCGCAUCCCUUGGCUCCCUUGUUCUGUCCAUUGCUGCAACUUGAUGUUGUCAGACAUGGUCAAGGAUAAAACAUGGGCCAUCGACUUGUUGACCAGGGCGAGGGCGGUUGUCCGAUUCAUUAGAUGUCACAGAUCAGCUCUCGCGUUGUUCAGGAGUUACAGUGCGAGGGCCAAUCGCGAUGCACAGGCGAACCCUUUGGGUGGCAGCGCCGCGGGCGGAGAGGGGACUGUAGGCAGACCACGACGCGACCGAGAGUUGUUGUACCCUUGCCAGACGCGAUUCGUGUCUAUGUACAUCAUGAUGGAGAGGUUGCGCGACCGCAGGGUUCCACUUGAGACAAUGAUGUUGGAGGGGGAUUGGGCGCGACUUCCAUGGGAGAGAAGGCUGCUCGAGCAGGCCGGGUGGGUGCGCACACAGUCUCCGAGGCGCAGCGAUCAGCAGAAGAAGGUUGCGGAGAUGACACUUGAGUACAUCUACACGCAGACGGGCUUCGACCGGCAGGGAGACAGGUACAGGUUGGUUCGUCAGCAGUUGUACGACUUCCACACGUGCGGGCCGAGGUAUUAUUGGGGUGGAGAUGCAGGCACUGAAGACGAGGACACGUGCGAGGGGCCGGAUGAGACACAGGCCAUUGCUGAUUGGUGGGUUUUGCACGGUGGCUAUGCCCCUGAGCUUUGUGCCAUCGCCACACGUCUGAUGUACACGUGGGUUUGCGCCUCUCCUGCGGAGAGGAACUGGGCGUUGCACGAGCGUAUCCACGAGAAACGCCGCAACAGGCUAGACUUCAUGAAGUUGACUGAAAUGGUGGAGAUGUGCGCGAAGAAGAAGCUCCUGGCGUGUAGACAGAGGAGGAGGGGACUUGUUCUGCCGUGGGGUGAUGUUGAGGAUGGGUUGGACGACGUCCCGGAGCCGCGCGGAUCAGCUCAUAUCGAGCUGUACAACGAGGAGAUCGAGUACGAUCCACCCACGGACCCGCAUGCUGCAGACGAGAUGGAGGCAGAGCCGUGGAUGGACCUGGAGGACUUGGAGCAGAGAGGCAGUGACACACCUGAUGUUGGUGACGAGUCCGGCGGAGAGAGUGAUCAUGAGGCUGUCAGUGAUAUGCGUUCGCGGGAUCGGCAGAGCCAUUGUGAUGUUGAUCGCAUGACCCCUCCCUUGACUAGGAGUGCGACGGAUAGAGGGCGCAAGCAGACACAGGUUGUGCGAUCGUCGAGCGAGGACGAGGGAGGUGACAGGUCUAAUGACGGAGAUGCCGCCGAUGACGAGGACUCCGACAUCGAGAGAGAGGGACCCGACGAGGACAGAGGACAUGGGAACGAGCAUGGAUUCGACGACGGUGAUGGCAGUGGGCCGAUUGAGGACAGAGCGGAGGCGCCUUCCUUGUUACUCCUGGCCCCAGUACAGUGGGCGGGGGCGGUAGUGGCGGACAUGGAUUUGGUUUGGAGGUACCACAGGGAUCGAUUCCCUCUGGCAUUUUCAGUGACGGCUUCGACCUUGGACGUCCACCCACUUCGGAUGCUCGGCGCGACGGGUUUGCUGACAGAGGCUGCCAGAGCGCCACGCGAGAUACAGGAGGGCAGGACUGGAGACGACGUCGGUCGUGUUGCCAGGAGGCUACAUAUGGACCCCGAGGACGUGCUUGAGGAGGAGCGUUUGGCACGGAUGUUGUCCGGGUGUGCCACGACACAGCGGCCUGCGUUGGAGCAGGACACGACCAGGGCGAGGGACAUGGGGUGUAGUGUAGAGGAGGUCACUGCCACCAGACUAGCAGCAGAGUGUAGACACGAUGGUCCUGUAGAUAGUGCAGAUGGUGGAGGACUCUGCACAGAGGGACACGUGGUGGAUCGUGCGWACGACCACCAGGAGGACGCGAGGGUAGGGUUGCGUGGUUUACGUGGGGCCAACGACACGCUACUACCCAGUACUGAUGAGGCGGACGGGAGCGACGGUGCGGCCACGACAGACACAAGGGGGGUGCUUGGGUGCGAUCGCACGAAGGUGGUGGGGCAGGUGGAUAGAGCACUUGUCGGCAUUGCCGUUGCCGCAAUGGAGGAUGUGGUCGCAGAUCACACUCAGGAUGGUCUUGUCGCAGUGGAUGCUAUGGAUGCACAUCGCAGCGAGGAGGAGCGACAGGUGGACCCCGGUGACGUUGUUGCACACCCUGUAGAGGCACACGUGCCCAGCAUGUCCCCACUCGAGCGCCACACUGCAGGGAUUGAUCUAGUGAUGGGCAGGAGCAGGCAUAUAUCGAAGAGGCUUUGGAAGGCUGUGCCUCCAUCUUCUUUCGUGCCUGUUAGUCCGCCAGCACCGUCGGGGGUAUCGGGGGAUAUUGGGAAGACUAUGGAGAUGGCUGACUUGUUGGAGCAGUUGACAGGUCAGAGGGUUAUCGAGCUGGGAGGGGUAUCAUUGGGAGCAGGGCCAGUUGCUGCAGGGACACGACCGGCAUGUGCAGGGGCGGUGAGUGGACGGGGAGGUGCGGCACAGCGAAAUGGUCAUCGAUGUCUGAAAGGGCGAUCUUCUACACAUGCUUUGCCAGGUCCCCGACCAUCCCCAGCAUCGCUGGAGGAUGACCCUGAUCCUGUUACUUUGCAGACGAGCCGUGGAGGUUGUAUUUCUACUGCAUACAAGAUACUGGAUGAGGAGCCGCGACAUCAGACAGGUACAGGACCGGGCAGUCGUCGAGCUGCUUGGGGCCUCACGGAGGAUUCCGCGACAGAUGGGGUGCCCAUGCCUAGGGGUAGGAAGACAUACACGACUCUGACUGGCGUUUUGGGACGUUCUGCUGGAGCGGGUGUUGAGAGAGAGGCGGAGGUCCAGGAGGCAGAGAGGGUGGCAGCCAGAGCAGUUGGCAAUCAUGUCAUGUCUGCGUCACAGCAUCCAGGGGAGGGAGAGGAGACGGCGGCGAAGGUGCCACAAAGGCGGCGAGAGCGCAUCACCGAUGAUGAUAACACAGACGACGGGCAGUGCGAUGCGCCGUAGACUAGGACUUUGAUUUCGUGCCGAUGAUGUUUGUGUGUAUCUUUCUUCAUUUAGAGUUUCACAGGUUU